AUGCAUUCCCACUCUGAAAGACUAAACCCCCGGGAGAUCCGUCACCUGGAAUACAUUUCGCAGUUCACUUCAGACAUCCGCCAUAUUGACGAGUCACGGAAUGAGGUGGACGACGCACUAUCCAUGUCCUCUAUCGCUCACCUCCAGCUUUCACCCGAGAUCGACCUCGCUGAGAUGGUCACUGAACAGCGCCGUGUCGGUUCACCCUGUGUUGAAGAUGUUUCCAGACUCCAGCUUCAGGAGUUACCACUGACAGCUGGCAACGGCACCAUUUUAUGCGACGUAUCCACCCUUCCCAUCGUCCAUUUAAGCCACCGUCCCUCCGCUGCAAAGUUGUCUCCUCUCUGA